CGUCCCCCAGAUCCCCUGUUGGGUACAACCGCAUCGAGUGCAGACCUGUCACCUGAAUGCCAUCCCUCUGUCGAUACAGAGGAGCACAGGCAGGCUUGGCUGCUAUAUAAGAGCUUAGCUCAUACCGGUACCCAACCACGGAACCUCCACAUUCUUCUCAUUGUCAGCAGCAGAGGAGGCCGCGAGAAACUUAGCUCAUCCAUACAGAGAGGAAGAACGAAGAAGGCGUUGAAAUCAAGAAACGCCAAGAAUCAGGCCGGCUUUCAUCUUGCCGGUCGGUUUUCGGUGAAGAUGAACAACUCCAGUUUUCUGAUUUGUGAUGACCUGGGAAAGGUGACUAGCAAUGGGCUGUUCGCGGGAGAGCGUCCGUUCCACUUCUAUCUGCCACGCCUCACCUUCCAAUUGACGGUUCUUUCGCUGGUGACGCUCGCAGCACAGGUGGCGAUGAAGCCAAUGGGGCAGACCAGAUACGUUGCCAACCUAAUUGCCGGCGUGUUGAUCGGUCCAACUUGCCUUACGCACAUAAUACCGGGGGUGACGAAAUUCCUGUUCCCACAGAACGGGCCGCCGCUCCUGGAAUUGGUGCUCCAUUUUGGUCUAUGCUUCUGGUACUUCCUGAUGGGGGCUCAGCUUCAUCCGGGCCCCAUGCUGAAGAAUGUGUCUGCGAAGGCUGCACUGAUAGGCAUGACUUCCAUGCUCUCCCCUCUCCUUCUCUCCUACCCCGUCGUCAUCAUCGUCAACAAGCUCGUCCCCGAGCACAUGCAGAGCGGAGUCGCCCCUUGGUUCAUGGGCUUCUAUUUCCUCCCCACCACCGUCACAGUCUUGGCCGGCAAUGUCAUCGACCACGAGCUCCUCGGCACCGAUGUGGGCAACCUGGCCACAACCGCCGCCAUCUUCACCUCGAUCGCCGUCGUUCUGCCAUUGAAUGUGUUGCUCUUGGUGAUUACUCCUAAAAGGGAGGAUGAGAUGUUCUAUCAGUUCCCGCUGGGGAAGUUCCUGUCUGGUAUAGGUUUCGCCGCCUUUUCAUUUUUCGUGGCCCGUCCGGUGAUCAGUUGGAUAGCCCGGCGAAUCCCAAGCGAGGAGGAUGUGAAGGAGAACCAUGUCUGCGGAGUGCUUCUUUGGGCCGUAGGGUCGGCCGCAGCUACCGAGGUUCUCGGCUGCCGGAUCACAUACGGCGCCUUCUUGGCCGGUUUUGUCCUACCGCAUAGUGCACUCACGACGGUGGUGACGAAGAGGCUGGAGGACUUCAACACCACGCUGCUGAUGCCUCCAUUCUUCGCCGUCGUCGGGCUCAACACCAACUUGCUGUCCGUCAUGAACGGCGGAAAAGGGAUAACGCUGGCUUUCAUAAUCUUGCUCAUUUACGUGGGCAAGGUUGGACUGGUUGCACUCGCCGCAUCCAGUAGCAACAUCAGCACAAAUGAAGGCUUGAUGAUGGGCGUGCUCAUGUCCUCCAGGGGCAUCCUCGACAUCCUUAUGCUGUUUUGGGCCUCAACAAGAGGGAUUGCCCGGACGGGAGAUGAAGAGUUUGCGACUUUGGUCCUUGGGAUCAUUGUGCUGAACAUGAUGAUCGGCCCCGCCAUUUCCUAUCUCUAUGAGCGCCCUAUGGUGCUGCUGCACAAGGGUUGUCGAGCCGUGCAGGAGCUCAGACCCGACAUGGAGCUGCGCAUCCUCGCCUGCCUCUACGAUCACCACACCAUCCCCAGCCUGCUGAGCCUGGUCAAGGCCACCAACGCCACCAAGUUCUCCCCCAUCUACCUCUCCGCGCUCCACCUCGUCCACGCCACGUCCCGCGAGUCGACCGUGCAGCAGCAGAGCCUGGAGAGCGGCGGGUUCGUCCGGGGCGGCGACACCGGCUCCUUGAACGCGGCCUUCAUGAUGCACAAGUGGCCGGCGUGGGUCAACUUCAACCUCCAGACCAAGCUCUCCUCUUACUCUACGAUGCCAGAGCACAUCUGCAAGGCCGCCGAAUCCGGCCGCGCCACCCUCGUCAUCAUCCCCUUCCACAUAAGGAGACUGCUGGGCAGCCACACCGGCGUCUCCAACGAAAUAGUUAGGAACAUCAACCUGAAUGUGCUGGAGAAGGCCCCCUGCUCCGUCGCCGUGCUUGUGGACAUGGGCAUCGCCGGCGCCCGCACCAACGUCUUCUUCAACGUGGCCGUCCUCUUCUUCGGCGGCCCCCAUGACCGGGAGGCCAUGUCCUACGCUUUGAGAAUGGCGGACGUUGAGGGCCUGAGGCUCACCCUCGUGAGGUUCACGCCUGCGUCUGGUGCAUCCACCAAACCUCUGCCCGUUUCCGGCGAGAUGACGGAAGAUGACAUUUUCAUAGCCAGAUUUAGAACCAUGUUCGAAGCAAGGAGAUCGGUUACCUACAUGGAGAAGGAGGUUGGCUGCGGCGCCGACACCGUGACCGUAAUCCAGGGGAUGGAUAAGACCCACGACCUCUUCAUUGUGGGUCGGCACCACAGAGGGGCGGCCGCGCAAAUGUUGGCGGGGUUGGACACGUGGAGCGAGUACCCGGAGCUGGGGACGGCGGGGGACCUGUUGGUGUCGCCAGACGUUUCGGCGCCGGCAGUGCUGGUGGUGCAGCAAUACUCUUGGGGAGAAGAUGCUGAGGAGGAGACUAGGGAGAGCAGGCAUGGCAUCGGACAUGGCGGCCAAACUUAUCGUGGCUAUGUGCUGCAUGAUCAGGUAAGGGCUUCGGCGCCUGCGCCUGGGAGAGGAAGCAACGUCGUCUCUCAACAUGCAGUCCAGUUUGAUGAAUAUGGAUGGAACUGGAACUUGCGCGCUGGAUUCUAAAGGCACCACAGUUUUCUUUCUCACUAAGAAGAAAACGUCAGAAGUUAAAAGAUUAUCACCGAACCGAACAAGUUUUCUUCUUCUUUUUUUUCCCUCUCUCUCUUCCUCGGAAACGGAAGAGACGAGGCCAUCGGAGCCGGCCGGUUUUGUAUGCCACUGAAAGCGCCAGAUCAAUGAAAAGCCACUCACUCGCUCCCUCUCCC